AUGUUCGCCAACGCCUGCCAGCUCACAGCCAUCUCUGUUGGAUAUCGCCAUGCACCUGAAGAUCCACACCCGGCUGCAAACCAUGACUGUUUCGAUGCCGCUGAGUACCUCGUCGAUCACGCGGAACGAGACUAUGGAGCGCGACUCCUUUUCAUCGCGGGAGAGUCAGCGGGUGGCUGUCUCGCUGCGUUAACGACAUUCCAUUUGAUACAAUCAAGACCAGCCCAUAGACUCGCUGGAGUCAUCUUGCUGUUCGGUGUAUUUGACCUGACGCUGGGAUUACCCCAGAUGUCCUUGCCCGAGUCCACCCGACCGCUAGUCACCAAUGCUCAAAUGCUACACAAUUUCAUAAAUGCUUACACGCCCGGCAUGAGCGAUAGCGAUCGACGAGAUGCUUCGGUUUCUCCACUCUAUGAGGAUAUGCAGGCAUUGGCAGACUCUAUCCCAGGAAACUCGCUUCCAGCGGCACUGUUCUUAUGUGGAACUGCAGAUCCCUUGUUAGACGAUACUUUCCUGAUGGGUAUGAAGUGGAUGAUCGCUGGCGGAGAAGCGAUUGUGAAAAUCUACCCUGGUGGAGCUCAUGGGUUUUCAAUGUUCCGUGAAACAAAAGAUGCCGAAGAAGUUGCUGCACUCCAGAUCCAAUUUGUAAAUGAAAAGGCAGCCAACGAGGUGUGA